UCUGUAUAUUCCUCAGUGCAAAGGAAGUGGGGACCCAAAGACUGCUGUCUUAAAAGCAAAUAUGAGUGAGAGACAAAGUUCUGGGGCAACAAGUGUCAAGGACAAGAAAUCAGGAGAAAGCGAUGACCAGAAAAAAGUCCAAGAAGAUUUUGAUAUAGAUAUGGAGGCUCCAGAAACAGAACGGGCAGCGGUGGCAAUACAGUCCCAGUUCAGAAAAUUCCAAAAGAAAAAGCAAGGAGCAGAUGACUCGUAGUACCUACCUCUUCCUCUAGGGAAAUUAGAUAAAUAAUAAAAGCCUAUCAGAAUAAAAGAGAAAUAUAGAAUGAUUUAUCAGGAAAUUAGGAAAAUCUAGGAUGCAUGUACAGAGGUUUCCAUUAUCUGUAGCUCCAUUAAGCGAACAAUAUAUCAUUGAGCACUUGGUGUGGUUGCUCACUGCAGUACGUUUAUUUAACAAAACAAAACAGUUUAACUUGUAACCUUCUCUUUUAUGUGAUGUUCUAAUAAAACAUGCUUACUAUAAGAACCGAUGGAAAA